AUGGGCCAGGCUGUACCUGUAGCGGCUGAAUGCGUGGUGUUGGUUCUACUGUGGUUGCUGAGGAGACAGAGACAUAUCCGUCUUCCCCCCGGACCCCGCGCUCUGCCGCUGCUAGGCAACCUGCUUCAGAUGGACAAACAGGCCCCCUUCAAGACCCUCACCAAGUGGAGUGGUAUGUAUGGGCCAGUGAUGACAGUGUAUCUGGUGCUGGUGGGGUACGAGGAGGUCAAGGAGUCUCUGGUGGACCAGGCUGAGGACUUCAUAGGACGAGCUCCCGUCCCCUUUCUGGUCCGAGCUACCAGGGGAUACGGCCUGGCCAUCAGUAACGGGGAGCGUUGGUGCAAGCUGCGUUGUUUCACCCUGACCACACUGAGAGACUUUGGGAUGGGCCGUAAGAGAAUGGAAGAGUGGAUACAGGAGGAGAGCCAACAUCUCAUAGAGAGUCUGGACGGCACUAAAGCUGUGCCCUUUGACCCCCAGCCCUUCCUGAGUCGCACCGUGUCCAACGUCAUCUGCUCCCUGGUGUUCGGCCAGCGCUUCGGCUACAAGGAUGACAACUUCCUGCAUUUGCUCAACAUCCUCUCAGCCAUACUGCGCUUUGGAAGCACCCCUUGGGGACAGGUUGUCACGGCCAAUGUUCCAUAUGCACAAAAAAAAUAUCAGAUGCUGAUGGAACGCCUGCCUGGUCGGCAGCAAGUCGUGUUCGGCCAGGUGGACGAGCUGAGAGGUUUUGUGCUGAAAAAGAUCCAUGAGCACCAGGAAACCAUGGACCGAGGUAACCCUAGAGACUUCAUAGACUGCUUCCUUACCAAACUCAACCAGGAGAAGGAUGUGUCCUCCUCUGAGUUCCAUUAUGAGAACCUGGUGUCCACAGUGUUGAACUUCUAUCUGGCAGGAACAGAGACCACCAGCACCACUCUCAGAUACGCCCUCAUAGUGCUCAUCAAAUUCCCCAACAUUCAGGAGCACAUGCAGCAGGAGAUUGACACAGUCAUUGGACGACAACGCAUUCCCCAGAUGGAGGACAGGAAGUCCCUUCCCUUCACAGACGCUGUCAUCCAUGAGGUGCAGCGCUUCCUGGACAUCGUCCCGUUCAACAUCCCGCACUACGCCACCAAGAAUAUCUCAUUCAGAGGGUACAAUAUCCCUCAAGGCACCGUGAUAAUUCCCAUGGUUCACUCUGUUCUAAGAGACCAGGACCACUGGGCCACACCCACAACCUUCAACCCUGAUCAUUUUCUGGAUCAGAACGGAAACUUCCAGAAGAACCCCGCCUUCUUGGCCUUCUCUGCAGGUAAGCGUGCCUGUGUGGGGGAGUCCCUGGCUUGUAUGGAGAUCUUUGUGCUUGUAUCUCUGCUGCAGCGUUUCUCCUUCUCCUGCCCUGGAGGACCUGACAACAUUAACAUAAGCCCAGAGUUCAGCAGCUUCGCUAAUGUGCCACGCCGCUACCAGCUCAUUGCUACCCGCAGCUGACCAGGAGGGGAACUGCAGCUGCACCAUAGGAGGCGCACUCAGGAGGAGGAGGUGUAAAGAUGACGGGGAGAUCAAAAUCAAAUAAAAUUGUAUUGGUCACAUACACA